GAUAUAUGUCACGAACACGAACCUUGAUCACUUAGACUAUGCCCAAGAUGGACGUACGCAGGUGAUAAAGGUGGUGAAUACACUGGUGAAGGAGAUAUCUGUACAUUUUAUUUGUGUUGCAUUUUAUGGCAGAGGGAGGUAUACGAGAAAACUAUCACAAUGGCAAUCUUUCACAAGAGAACUUUCAGGAACAAAGUGACGAGGUCCUUGCCCUGCAGUCCAUAUACGAUGGCGCUGGUAUAGAGAGGAUAGAGAUCCUAAGUACACCCACAGACGGAGAUGGGGAAUUCUUCGUCCUUCAACUCUCUGUUCCUGUGCACACAGACGGGCUGGCGGUGACAGUGAACAUAGUUGUCACAGACAAUGAUGUGAGACAAAAUCCAGCCGGGGAAAUAACUCUCCAAUUUGUUGGAAAGGAUGUCCAGCUCGAGAGGACCGGAGAUGGUGUCUGGACUGCAUCCUUCAACGUGAAGUACUUACCUCCCCUUAGUCUGCAAGUGGUACUUCCUGCUACCUACCCUUCCCAGAGUUCCCCGGUGUUCACUCUGUCAUGUGUGUGGCUGACAGCCAAUCAGCUUGCAGCUCUGUGUGGCCAGCUGGAUGUGUUGUGGCAGGAGACUGAGAAUCUCCCUGUCAUCUUCACCUGGGUUGACUGGCUGGAGAAUAACAUCUUCAGUUUUCUGGAGCUUGGCAAUACAUUAGAGGUACCUUUAGGCAAGGUCGACAGUGAUGAAAGUCGCAUUGAGGUGAACACAGAUUUACAUCAGGUCGUAAACACAAUGAUGCAGUACAACCGAACUCUGGACAACGCCGAGUUUCGCCGAAGUAAUCACGAAUGCCAUGUGUGUUUUGAGGAGUUUCCUGGUAGCGAGUUCUACAGACUGGACGACUGUCUGCACCAUACAUGCCGAGGGUGCAUGGAGGCCUAUUGUCAACAUCACGUGUCUUUAGGCACUGUAGAGGAGCUCAGAUGUCCUGCCACCAACUGUGACGUCAGUGUUCCCCCCGACGUUGUUCAUAGCGUUCUACCGGCGGAGGAGGUCGACAGGUGGGAGCGAUUGCUUCUACAGAAAACUUUGGAAAGGAUGAGUGAUGUGGAAUGGUGCCCUCGCUGCAACAACCCCGUGAUUCGGGAAGAGGAGGACCACUUGAAUCUAGGUCACUGCACCACCUGUUUCUUCUCCUUCUGUACUCUGUGCAGGGACCCCUGGCAUCAGGGUGAGGUCUGCACGACGGUGGAACAGAAACUAGAGACUGUGAACCGGAAGGGGCAAUUGUCGUCUGCUAGCGAGAGGCGCCAUUUUGAGGAGAAGCGACGGAAGCUGGAGGAGGAGAUUAGAACCAAGACGAGCCUUCACAAAAAGACCAGGCUAUGUCCACGAUGCAGUGCCAAGAUCGAAAAGGCAGGAGGAUGCAACAGAAUGAAGUGUAGAUGCGGCACCAGCUUCUGCUGGCUAUGCGGCCUUGUGAUCAACAGCUAUCGUCACUACAUGGCGGGCAACUCGCGCUGUAGUCUCAUGGACAUGACGGAGUUAACUCCCCUCGUGGGAACCAUCACUCCUCAGAACGUGGACUAUGUACAGACUCUGAUUGGUGCAAAGAUUAGGGAAACAGUCUCAUGUCCAAAUUGUCGCUACAAGAACGUCAAAGUUGAUCGCAACAACCACGUACGAUGUCGGUGUUGUAACACAAACUUCUGUUACGUGUGCGGAAUGAAGAUUGUCGGGGUCAUCACUACUCAUUUCACUCAAACCAGUUGCCCCCAACACUCCUGAGUGAGUGAGUGAGUGAGUGAUUGAGCGAGUUGGGUUUAACGUCGGCGUGUCAGCUUGGUGUGGAAGGACACUCCUAGAGCUUAUAAUGCACACUUUAUUUACAAAUGUAAUAUCUUUGACAAUAAAGAUUUUUAUUUUUAA